GGAAGGCCCGGCGGGCGGAUCGCGGCGCUGGCUCUAAGAUGGCUGUUGUGAGCGGGGCGCAGUUGCUGUGAGGAGCCGCCCGCCUGUGCCAUGGAGUGCCCGCACCUUGGCUCCAGCGUCUGCAUCGCGCCCGCCUCGGCCCGGUUCCCGCAGGGCUCGCCCUCCUCCUGGUGCUGCAGCGUGUGCCGAUCCAAUAAAAGUCCCUGGGUUUGUCUGACUUGUUCAAGUGUCCAUUGUGGAAGAUAUGUGAAUGGCCAUGCAAAGAAACAUUAUGAAGAUGCACAGAUUCCUUUAACCAAUCAUAAGAAAACAGAAAAGCAAGAGAAAGUUCAGCAUACUGUGUGCAUGGAUUGCAGUAGUUACAGUACAUAUUGUUAUCGCUGUGAUGAUUUUGUAGUGAAUGAUACCAAGCUGGGCCUGGUACAGAAAGUCAGGGAGCACCUACAGAACUUGGAAAAUUCAGCUUUUACAGCAGACAGACAUAGGAAGAGAAAACUAUUGGAAAAUUCAUCUCUGAACAGCAAGUUAUUAAAAGUAAAUGGGAGCACCAAUGCCCUUUGUGCUACAGGCCUUCGCAAUCUGGGGAACACGUGUUUCAUGAAUGCGAUCCUUCAGUCUCUCAGUAACAUUCAGCAGUUUUGCUGUUACUUCAAAGAGUUGCCAGCCGUGGAGUUGCGGAAUGGGAAAACAGCUGGCAGGCGAACUUACCAUACCAGGAGUCAAGGGGAUAACAACGUUUCAUUGGUUGAAGAGUUUAGAAAGACGCUUUGUGCUUUAUGGCAAGGGAGCCAAACUGCAUUUAGCCCAGAAUCUUUAUUUUAUGUCGUUUGGAAAAUCAUGCCAAAUUUUAGGGGAUACCAGCAACAAGAUGCCCAUGAAUUCAUGCGUUACCUGUUGGACCAUCUACAUUUGGAACUCCAAGGAGGCUUUAAUGGUGUUUCUCGCUCGGUAAUUUUGCAAGAAAAUUCAGGUCUCUCUGCAAGCAACAAAUGUUGCAUAAAUGGAGCCUCUACUGUUGUCACAGCUAUAUUUGGAGGCAUUCUUCAAAAUGAAGUAAACUGCUUAAUAUGUGGGACUGAAUCUAGAAAGUUUGAUCCAUUCCUAGACCUUUCACUAGAUAUUCCAAGUCAAUUCAGAAAUAAACGUACUAAGAAUCAAGAAAAUGGACCAAUGUGCACACUACGGGAUUGUCUUCGCAGUUUUACAGACUUGGAAGAACUCGAUGAGACAGAGCUCUAUAUGUGCCACAAAUGUAAAAAGAAACAGAAAUCCACCAAAAAAUUCUGGAUUCAGAAACUACCAAAGGUGCUAUGCUUACACUUGAAACGAUUUCACUGGACAGAAUAUCUGAGAAACAAGGUUGAUACAUAUGUAGAAUUUCCCCUCCGGGACCUAGACAUGAAAUGCUACUUGUUAGAGCCGGAGAACAGUGGCCCAGAAAGCUGUCUAUAUGAUCUUGCAGCUGUUGUUGUACAUCAUGGGUCAGGCGUUGGCUCUGGACAUUACACAGCCUAUGCAACUCAUGAAGGUCGCUGGUUCCAUUUCAAUGACAGUACUGUAACUCUGACCGACGAGGAGACCGUGGUAAAGGCAAAGGCCUACAUCCUCUUCUAUGUGGACCGGCAGGCCAAAUCUGGAUCUGAUAAACUUUAAUACCUCCUUUUAAUACUCACUUAUCAAGUCCUUCGGACAAAACAUUUCCAAUUCUCCAUAAAUACUUGAUCCAAGACUAUUAAUUUCAUUGUGCACUUUUCAACUUCCUCGUGUGGGUUUUAGUUUUGUUGUGUCAAUGGUAGCAGUUGAUUUAUUGAACUUGGACACAAACUAACUUUUUUUUUUUUUUAGUUCUACCAGAAAACCUCAGCAGAUAUUUUGAUUUGCUGCUUUAGUUGUGAUAACUCAAUUUUUAUAUAUAUAGUUUCAUGAACUACUUAGUUAUUUGAUUUUUAUAUUAAUGUUUUCAGUUCUCACUUUCUAAAGGCACAUUUACAUCAGAGAAGCUUUGUAUCCUCUUUAUAAGCAAGAGAAAUGUGUUCCUGAUUAUGAAGAGCAAUAGAAUUUCAUGCUGCUCUCACAGCUGUUAUGUAGAUAAGAUUGAAUCACUUUUAAAUCAAGGAAUUGCUUGCACAUACUGUUUGCCCCAGUGCAAGAAACUUAACAGUGACCUCUGAACAAUCACUCUUUGCCUGCAGAAGAGAUGAGAUAUGGCAUCAUUAAGUAGACUGGGUAAUUGCUGCUAUCAGUGUGUAUCAAGGCUGCUGUCUUUCAGGACUCCUUGUAAAUAAAUAGUUGAUUCAGUUGUAUUUGUACUGCAAAUUCAAGUGUUUCUCAUUUGUACUUUUUCCCCUACAAAAGAGACAUUUAAAUUAUUACCCUAAUCAUAUACGUGUCUUUAUACGUGUCUUGGGAUUUUAAUUUACUUUUUUUAAACUGAAAUGGAAUUGCUAGGGUGAUGUCUCAAUUUUUAGCAUUUAUCCCAAAGUUUGAUAGCAAGCACUUGCUUUUGAAGCUAGCAGGCUCCAUGGAAUUGGGCCACUGUCCCUUUUAUAUCCUAAAAUGAGAGUUCAGUGUGGGGGCUUCACACAGGAGAGGUUUUUGUCUCAAUAUAACUCCCAUUUGCCCACAUCCCCUUUCAGCUUGAUUAAAAACCACCAGUAUCUGUUUAGGACUGAAAGGCAGGUUUGUCAUGGGUUUGGAGAUAGACUUUGCAUGGCAUGUUGUUAUACCUAAUCCAGACUCAGGCUCAAACUGGUAGGGAAGGUGUAUUCAAAUCUAUAUGCAGGGAUAUUACAGUUCAUGCAAAUUGUGGAGCUAACACUGCCCCUUUAGGUGAGCAUACCCUCACUAACUGCAGUAUUUAAUUAGUAGUUCAACAUUUCUCAUGGUCUCUUGACCAAAAGAGGCCAGAUAUUAUUUCUGAAGUUGAAAUGUAAGACAUCUGUUUAUAUUAAACCUCUUAUCAGCUUAAUGGAAGAAGAAUUCAGUGUUAGCAGCUGGAAUUUCAGCUGUUCUGGUACUGCUGAGAGAGAAGAGCCCAGUAUAGAUUGAAUGACACUGAACUCAGCUUUCCCUCCUCCUCUGUUUGCCUACUGCCUUUCUCCACACUCCCAUAAGCUCAAAAGUUUGUGGGAAGGCUGGAGCUCUCUGCCUGCCAAGUCAGCUAGCCCACCAGACUCCUCUUACUCACAAUAUAUUCCCAGACAGGUGUGUUUAUAUUUAACUGAUUAAAAACAUCUGUCUUCCCCUGGUUGCAUCUCAUUGAAGGGCCAUGUUAGUCAGCAGGUAGAUGUAGGAUGCAUUUCAGUAUUAGUUGACUAAGCACCAGCACUCCUGACUGGGGGGGAACCUGAUAAUUGCAAAAAAAAAAAAAAAAAGUUUUAAUUACCUGUUUGAUCAGUCUCAGAUAUCGUUUAAAAAGUAAUUGGCUUUGUAUAAAACUGCAGAAGUAUUCAAUAUUGCUAAAUUGUGUAUGAAAAUAUGUAAACUAUACACUUAAUAGUGACUAUCACUUGAUAUGUUAAGUGGCAGAUAUGCCAGGAUGUCUUUAUUUUGUUGUUGAACAAUAAAUAGAUUAUUCAUUGCUUCAAA